CCAGGUGUUGGGUAGGGUCCUUUAUGCUUUUAAUUUGAAUAAGAGACAUAUCUGUAGAAUAUGUACUAUAUGUAUUGAAGGGUCCUUUAAGAGGCAUCGGGUGACGUCAUUGCGUAUGCGCAUGAACAAAUGAUCAUGAACGCGCGAUGAGGAAGUCGCAGAGUUAGGCUGCACAUGUGUGUAUGACUGCUGUUCGAGUCUAAUUUGUCAUCAUUCAGGGAGUUGGAUGUUUACGCAGGAUUGCGUGAAUGUGUGAGUGUGGCUGAGCUGACGCGCCGCAUGUACAGACGAGGCCUGUUUGCGUUGAAGUGAUUUAACAGUGUGUAACGUGAGAAACACGGGAAAAAGUGAGUAAUAUACAUACUAUGUCAUUUCAGGUGUAUUUUGUGAGUGUUAUUUUAGCCUAACUGUUCAUGCAGUUCUAAGAUUUUAUGUUUUCUUUCUAGAAAGUACCACUACCGUAUUAUUGUCACUGGUGUUCCAGUAUUUGCAUUGUCUUUUUGAUUAUUGCACCCAAAAAGAGGUGACACGUUGUACUUUCUUUUACAUUUUCCUUUAUUUUUUGGGAAACAAUCUGCUGUGUGAUUUAAAGAUACACUGGCACUGUAUUUUGUGUUAUUGUGAGUUUUCUGCCUGUAACUGCCAGAAGAGAAACAGAAACUCCUAACUGAUUAUAAGGAAUAAAAUAAGAACCCCAUUUGUAUUUGUUGGUCCUGUGUCAUUUUCCUGUGGCCACAAUUUUGGUACCAGAAGUGGGGUCUUCCAAGAGAGUUAGGAAAAUCAGUUUUUAUUGGAGUGUGCAAUAAUAAAAAAUAAAAUAAAAAAAAGUACAGUGCAGUAAUACGGUAGUGGUGAAGAGGAGACUGAAGAUUUCUGCAGGCGAGGAGGAACGGCUGUGGCGAGCAAAGAGACGGAUCGUCGUGGAUGAUCGCCAGGGCCCAGCUGGAUCUCAUCGCCAGGGGCUAAGAGAGACUGUUCGACAGUGUUGCAUCAGAUUGGAAGGACUUCAACAAGCACUUAUCCUUUUCAGAGUUUUACAUAGAGACAUUUAAGGACGUGAGAUUUUACAAUGUCAGACCCAGAUGAUGACCCUAGCCGAGCUAAUUUAACAGAGCAAAUUAGAGAGUUGCAAAGUAAACAUGAUCAAGCAAUGGCUGCGAUUUCCUCACUGAAUCAGAAGUCUUAUGUGUAUGUCCCGAGAGAAAGACACAUAUUACCAUAUUGCGGCGAUAUGGAGAAAGAUGGCAGGUCAGUCGAUGAUUUUAUAGAGGAAGUCGAGCGGGUGCUGCGUGUUAGGCACCAGUCUGACCAAGAUCAGUAUGAUUUUGUUAUGUCUCUGUUAAGGGGUACAGCCUUGGAAGAGGUACGUCUUCGCAGUGUUACUGAUGAUGGGGUUGACGAUUUGUUUGAGUACCUCAGGGAGGCGUUUAGAGAUAGACGUAGCACACCUCAGCUCCUCCACAGUUUUUACAGCCGAAGACAACUAGAGGGGGAAAACAUUAGAGACUUUUCUCAUGCCCUGUCACAAGCCCUUGGCUUAGUUUCGAAAUGUUCUCCCAAUGCUAUUGCGAACGAAAGGGUGGCAUUGAGAGAUCAAUUUGUUGAAGGAGUCCGCGAUCCAUCUCUGCGAAGAGAGCUUCUCAAAUUUGUGAGAGAUCACCCUAGGUGUACGAUGAUAGAGGUGCGAGAUGAAGCAAGGCUGUGGUUCGUAGAAGAGCCCUCAGCAAAAACAACUAAGUCUCGGUGUAGUACUAACAUGACACAGUGUUCAAUUCUCAGGGUGCAAGAGAAAAAGAGUGUCACCUUAGAGGAUGUUCUCGAGGUGGUGGCCGAACAAGGCAAAGCAAUUAGUGAACUCACUCAAGCCGUCAAAAAUCUGACAGUAAGGGGUGGUAGUACAAGGGUAGAAACCUUUAGGCCUAGAUCACAGCCAAAAUUCACUGAGGAUGGACAACCAAUAUGUUUCAAGUGUCAAGUCGCUGGACAUGUGGCAAAGAAUUGCCCUCAGAAGCAGAGCUCUAGAACAGCUAGGUCCGUAUCUUCUGACUCCCAGGGAAACGGGAGCCCUCGGUUGUUGUGA